AUGCAAUACGUUCGGAGCAUCAGCGGCUCAGUGUCAAAGACCUGGAACUCCAUAAACCCAGCAACUUUGAGCGGAGCGAUUGACGUUAUUGUUAUUGAGCAGGAAGAUGGAUCGUUGGCGUGCUCCCCAUUCCAUGUACGCUUUGGCAAGUUCUCGCUCUUACGGCCAUAUGAGAAGAAAGUCGAGUUCAAAGUAAACGGUGUGAAGCAAAACUAUUCGAUGAAACUAGGCGAAGGGGGCGAGGCUUUUUUUAUAUUCGAGACAACCGAUGACAUUCCAGAGUCUCUCCAGACCUCUCCUCUGGUGUCUCCUGCAAGUAGCCCUCCCAAUAGUUCCACGGAGCAGCUCAUCCCCACAGCUCUACCCGAGCCCACAUUUCUCGAUAUCAGUCAGCAAGACAAAAAGCCAAGGUCGAAUCAUUCAUCGACCAUAGAAUUGUAUUCUGCGACUACAGAGGAACCAAGUAUCUUUGAAGAGCAAGGACCAGUGGCAAGUUACGGGUCAUUUCCUGAGCAUCAAGGUCUGAAAUCAACCUCAAGAUCCUUCCCCAACCCGCGCCUACUACCUCCCGCAGCUCUAGAACGGUCAGCUUCGGAAGAGGUUCUCUCAAUAUCUGCAAGAGAUCAUCUGCGCGCUUUCGAAUCGGCGCGCCUGAUGAGCGCACCAUCUUCAUUACCCAAGGACACGCUGCCGAUAGACAGAGAGCCGAGGCCGUCAUGUCCGCCAUCUCUACAGCCAAGGGAAGCACUCAAUCGUGCAAUGACGCUUUCCCAAAAGCUAUCCUCCUCCAAUAUAAGAUCGCGGGUGACUGAUAGUGGAGAUUUGAUGCUUGACAUGACUGGAUAUAAGUCUAGUGAAGAUGACGCUCUUCGGGCCGAGGUGGUGGCGCGGAAGAUUCUUUCGGAAGAAUUGGAGGGUAACUAUGAUAUUGGCUCUCUGAUAGGCACUGAUGAGCAUGGCAAUCUAUGGAUUUACAGCAGUGAAGAAGCUAAGGAAGCAGCUAACCGAAGAGCUACCACACAGGGUCUUGGCCCAACAAUUCUCACUAGUGACGCUGCAUCAGACCCAGGAUAUCACAGCGAUAGUGACCAGAGCUUGAAUAACUCGCAAGCACCGAAACUUCAUCAUCGAAGUCAGUCAGCAGGAGCCAGAGAAAGUCCCGCGCCAGUCUCCAGUCCCACGGAACAGAGCCGAAACUAUGCAAAGACACUCAGGCUGACAAGCGAUCAGCUUAAGGAACUCAAGCUGAAACCAGGGGAAAACCCAAUGAGCUUUACAGUGAACCGAGCAACGUGUCAAGCGUAUAUGUACUACUGGAGUCAUGAUGUGCCUAUUGUCAUAUCAGAUAUCGAUGGGACAAUCACCAAAUCUGAUGCACUGGGCCACGUGCUGAAUAUGAUCGGGCGAGAUUGGACACACAUCGGAGUCGCCAAGCUCUACACGGAUAUCGUGACCAACGGAUACAACAUAUUUUAUCUGACAAGUCGUUCCGUUGGGCAAGCUGAUACAACUAGAGCCUAUCUCAAUGGAGUGGUACAAGAUGGGUACAGGCUGCCAAAAGGGCCAGUCAUUAUGAGCCCUGAUAGAACCAUUGCCGCUCUUCGACGUGAGAUCUACUUACGAAAGCCUGAAGUCUUCAAGAUGGCUUGUCUCCGCGAUAUCCUCAGUCUCUUUCCUGGCCGAAGCACUCCAUUUUAUGCUGGUUUUGGCAACCGGUUUACAGACGCUCUAAGUUAUCGAACAGUUAAUAUUCCAUCCACCAGGAUCUUCACCAUCAACUCAAACGCAGAGGUCUCACUUGAUCUGAUGAGUCUCAAUAAGUACAGAAGCAGCUACGUUAGCAUGCGCGAGCUGGUUGACCACUUCUUUCCGCCGGUCUCGCUGCUCGUGAAGGAAGGCGGGGAGGACUUCACCGAUUUCAACUACUGGCGCGAUACCCCACAGGGCUUAGAUGAUUUUUCCGCUACCGACAGCGAAGAGGAAGAAGUUGAAGUAGAUGAGGAACUGGAAGAAGAUGCCAAUGGCUUGGGAGAAAGCUAUCUUAGUAGAGACUCUAUCGAUCAGUUAACGCUGGAGGAUUCAAUCCGAGAUUCCCUUGAAAUUGAUGGUCCUGCUAUCACUGAGAAAGAUGAUGAUUUGGCAGGCGACUACCUUGGUGAACCCACUCCAGCCAUUAAGAAGAAACUCUCAGGCGUCGCAUCAGAUAGUUUUUCAAACCCGUUGAAUUCCCAAAAAGACCAAAAGCAACAGAGAACGCAGAGGAAAUCAUGA